AUGUUAUCAUCCCCCCAACCUGCCCAAGGUCAUGCCCCUGCACAAGAAACUGGUAACACUGGCUACCUUCAUGCAGAAGAACCGGCUGGCUGGAAGGCCUGGAAGAGAAUCUUCUGGCGGCAGAUCCUACUUGCACUUGGCCUCUUAGGCCUGUUUCUGUAUGGCCUCCCUAAAUUCAGGCAUCUGGAAGCCCUCAUCCCCAUGGGCGUCUGCCCUUCGGCCACAAUGUCCCUGCUGAGAGACAACUUCACAGGUGCCCUGCGUCCCUGGGCCCGAUCUGAAGUUCUGACCUGUACCCCCUGGGGGGCUCCCAUUAUUUGGGAUGGCACUUUCGACCCAGAUGUGGCCAAGCAAGAGGCUAGACAGCAGAACCUCACCAUGGGGCUGACUGUCUUUGCUGUAGGCAGAUACCUGGAAAAGUACCUGGAGCGCUUCCUGGAGACGGCGGAGCAGCACUUCACGGCGGGCCAGAGCGUGGUGUACUACGUGUUCACCGAGCGGCCGGGAUCGGUGCCCUGCGUGGCGCUGGGCCCGGGACGGCGGCUGCGCGUGGAGCGCGUGGCGCGCGAGCGGCGCUGGCAAGACGUGUCGAUGGCGCGCAUGCGCACGUUGCACGCGGCGCCAGGCGGGCGGCUGGGCCGCGAGGCGCACUUCGUGUUCUGCAUGGACGUGGACCAGCACUUCAGCGGCACCUUUGGGCCCGAGGCGCUGGCCGAGUUGGUGGCGCAGCUGCACUCCUGGCACUACCACUGGCCGUCGUGGCUGCUGCCCUUCGAGCGCGACGCGCAUUCGGCCGCCGCGAUGGCGUGGGGCGAGGGCGACUUCUGCUACCACGCGGCGGUGUUCUGGGGCAGCGUGGCGGCGCUGCGCGGGCUGACGGCGCACUGUGUCGGGGGCCUGGCCUGGGACCGCGCUCGCGGCCUGGAGGCGCGCUGGCACGACGAGAGCCACCUCAACAAGUUCUUCUUGCUGCCCGCCAAGGUGCUGUCGCCCGAGUUCUGCUGGAGCCCGGACUUCGGCCCGCGGGCCGAGAUCCGCCGCCCGCGACUGCUCUGGGCGCCCAAGGAGUACCGGCUGCUGCGGGACUAGCGCCGCCGCCGGCUCCCGGCCCUCCGGCUUCUCCGCCGGCCCAGCCGGCCGGGCCUCGCUCCCGCUCCGGGCGUCUUUGGCCCCGGGAAGGUGUGGAGUGGGAGUCACGAGAGGAAGAGAUCCUGAAACCGGGCGGGGCCCUUCUGGACGCUGAUGGCGCUCUGGAGGGCAGAGAGAUACUGGAUACAAAAGUCCUACCUGCUUCAUGUGCGCCAGUCCGUGGGAGUGGGAGUAGGAGGAGGAGCUCCUCACUUCAAGAGAAAAAUCCCCUUCCCUUAACAGUGAGCGAGGCACAACUGCAGUAGAGCCUCGAGCUAUCAGCCUGUAGACCUUUCACCCCUGAGCCUGCAGAAUGCAGCUGGUGUCUGGAGAUGUUUUAGUCCCACCUGCAACCCCCUUUUUAAAUGAGGAGACUGAGACACAAAGAGGAAACAUAACUGCCCAAGGACACAGAGGGUCCGAGUCACUGUGAUGUCAGCGGCUGGAGAGGCGUGGCUGGCCCCUCGGGAUGUCUCUGGGCAGGAGCCACAGGAAGAAACACAGGUGGCACCCCGUCAUUGGCUCUGCCCUUUUACCUCCCCUGCUCAUAAGCAUGACAAAGUCCAAAAUGACAUUUUCUGGCCUCGGGGCUAUAGCAGGGCGACAUUUGGCCACAGUAUCUGGGAGGGAAGUUUCCACAUCCGCGGCAGCUGUCUAGACUUCGGAUCCCCAGUAGGGAAACACAGGCUCUGAAUAGGAGUUGGAAGGCGUCAGACCGUCCCGGGAAGGUGGUCACAGAGCCAAGGAGACAGGGAAGCAACUUAAACUCAUUGAAGUGAGAACGAACAGGAAAUUAAACAUAGCCAGAGGAUGAAGACUGACAGGAACAGAGGUUACCACCAGCUCUUGGUCUCCUUGGUCCAUUUCUGCUCUUUCUCUGCCGGCUUUGUUCUUCUGCUUGUAUCCAGCUCAACACAGUCACCCCAAACCGCAGUCUACAGGGUUUUCCAGUUCAGAGACAAGGUCUCCCUAUGUUGCCCAGGCUGGUCUCAAACUCCUGGACUCACAUGAUCCUCCUGCCUUGGCCUCCCAAAGUGCUGAGAUUACAAGCACGAGCCACCAAGCCUGGCCUCACCCUCUCUUGCUCUUCUGCCUUCCGGCAUGAGAUGACAUGGCAUGAAGGCCCUCACCAGAUGCUGGCACCAUGCUCUUGGACUUCCCAACCUCCAGAACUAUGAGACUGGAAUUUAUCAUGAACAGAAUGAAAUUUCUGCUCAUUAUAAAUUACCAAGUUUGUGAUAUCCUGUUAUAGCAGCAUAAAACAGAUGAAGACACUGAGGCUUUUGUCAGAGAGACAGAGGCUUGAUUGCUGGAACCCUGGGGACUGUGAGACUAGAGCUGCUGACCCCACAGGAGCCUCAGGCUGAAGCUGACUCAGAACAAAGUGGAGAGCUGGAGACACAUCCUUUGAGCCCUGAAGCUGGCCUGACCACUGUCCUGUUACAUAAGCCAAUACACCCUUGUUUGGAUUGG